UCUCAGAAAUUGAAGGCAGAUGACAAAAUUCAAUAGGGGGCGCCCUUUGCUGAAUGCCUGAGUAUAUAAAUGUUUCUUUUUGCAGAUACCUGGUUACUGGGAGCCAAGAUAGACAUCAGAGAGCUGAAUGCUUUGUAGCUCUCCCUGCAGGAGUGAUAAAUAAUCCGUCCCUCCUCAUCCUGAGUGUCAGUCGGGGAGGCUCCCUCUGCACUCUUCCAGCUUUCUUCUCUUUGCCUUUUCUUUCUUAAGUUCCCCCUCUGCCCCGCUGCCAUGGCUCCAACCCUUGCCACAGCCUUCAGCAGGCGCUGGUGGAUGGCAGUGACCGCCAUUAUUGAGAACCUGUUCUUCUCUGCUGUGCUGCUGGGAUGGGGAUCACUCCUCAUCAUGCUGAAGUCAGAGGGCUUCUACUCCUAUCUUUGCAAUGAUGAAGGUAACAGCUCCAGCUAUAAUCUGUCUCAACCUGCGGCGACGCCAGCAUCCGAUGACUUUUCAGAUGAGUUCAAAGGGGAUGAUUCUGUAGUGGGUGUGGGAGAUGGGGUGGAGAUUAAGCACCUGGUACCUGAGGGACCCCUGAGGAUGAACGGCUGGCUGAUCUGCAAAGAACAAGACGAGAUGCUGAAUCUGGCUUUCACCAUUGGCUCUUUCCUGCUCUCAGCCAUUACGCUGCCACUGGGGAUUGUCAUGGAUAAAUAUGGGCCUCGGAAACUUCGACUGCUGGGCAGCACUUGCUUUGGCUUUUCCUGUCUACUCAUGGCUUAUGGGGCCUACAAACCAAAUGAUCUCUCCGUUCUUAUCUUCAUUGCACUCACUUUCAACGGCUUCGGAGGCAUGUGCAUGACUUUCACCUCCCUUACACUCCCUAACAUGUUUGGAAACCUUCGUUCUACCUUCAUUGCUCUCAUGAUCGGCUCAUAUGCUUCAUCUGCUGUCACUUUCCCUGGUGUCAAGGUCCUGUAUGAUUUUGGUGCAACGUUCAUUACCAUUCUUGUGGUGUGGGCUUGUUGUGCUGGUCUUGUCUUCCUGAACUGCUUCUUUAACUGGCCGCUGGAGCCCUUCCCUGGACCUGAAGAUAUGGACUACACUGUAAAGAUCAAGUUCAGCUGGCUGGGUUUUGACCAUAAGAUCACAGGGAAGCAGUUCUACCGCCAAGUAACCACAGUAGGCCGCCGUCUGAGCGUCAGCAACAAUGUGAAACAGAAGGAGGUGGUCGCUAAAGAUGGACGCACUCUCUGCCUUUCCACCAUGGACCUGGAAAUGGACUGCAAGCCUGAGGAAGAAUCCGAAUCUUUUCUGAAGAGCAUCAUGAGCCCUAUUUUCUUGCUCAGCGCGCUGACCAUGUGCAUCACUCAGCUCCGUCUCUUGUUCUACAUGGGGGCCAUGAACAGCGUCCUGGAGGUGCUAUGUGGUGGAGACCUCAACACAGUGGAAAGAAUGGAAGUUGUGAGUCUGUACUCCUCCAUCUUUGGUGUGCUGCAGCUGCUUUGUCUGAUGACUACCCCAGUGAUUGGUCAGAUUAUGGACUGGAAACUAAAGGACUGUGAUGACGGAGAAGAGGACAAGAAACCUUUAAGCCAAGGGGAAAGCAAAACAAAGCGCAGAGACAAAAAGACCCAGAAAGUGACCAACGCUCUGAGAGCAUUCGUCCUCACAAACAUGCUUUUGGUAGGAUUUGGUAUCACCUGUUUGAUACCGAACCUCCAAAUACAGAUCGUCUCUUUCAUCUUACAUACUGUAGUGAGGGGAUUCAUUCACUCUGCUGUCGGGGGCCUUUAUGCUGCCGUGUAUCCCUCAUCUCAGUUUGGCAGUUUAACAGGGAUGCAGUCUCUAGCCAGUGCUGUGUUUGCUUUGCUGCAGCAGCCCCUGUUUUUGGGCAUGAUGGGACCACUUGGAGGAGACCCAUUCUGGGUUAACAUUGGACUCCUUGUGCUCAGUUUGUUUGGCUUCUUGCUGCCUCUCUAUCUGAUCUGGUACAGGCGGACGCUCCAUCAAGAACUAAAACAGAAAGCUGACGAUGCCAAGAUAUACAUCAAAAUCAACGGCUCAGAGAUCCCAGAGGCAUUUGUUUAAAGGGAGAUAGAUAUAGAAACAUUGUGAAGAACAGACGUCUUAAAAUGUUGAACACAUAAACAUCUCCAUAAGGGAGACAAGAUCCAUUUUUUUAUUCCCAAAAAAGAAAAAAUGCUGGGAUUGUUGCUGCAGGAAUGCCUCCAACAGACAAAUGAUGAGAAAAAAAGUGAAAAACCCUCUGGAAAUGAAGAGCAAAUAGAAGGAGAAACAGAGAAAGGAAAGAGGCCUCGGUCAUCUGUAUCUCCCUGACUGACCUGCAGAUUGUUUUCCAGCAGUUAUUCUGCUUUAACUUGCCCCACUUGAGCAAUAAAGGGAUACAUGGCCACCUGAGGCAGCAACAAGGUCACCUUCCCAACUUCUAAAAGUCAGAGGGUGAUCCUAUUGUUCUGUGUUUUCUCCAAUGUAUUAGAUGUUAACUGCAAAUCACCCAGAUCAGAUAGAUAGCUGCUAUUUAACAGUACAUCUGCUGGAUUUUCUCCCCGAGAGAUUGUGUAAAGGAAAUCUGGAGUAAGUAGGAUGAGUAAGAGUCGAGACAUGUUGCUGAUGUUUCAAGGACAAACAGAAGAGACAGUCAUAUCUUUUUGUAAGGCUAACAUUUGAUGACAAUAUUCCAGCGGAUUAGAGGCUACUGCAGUGCUGUGCAAUUCCAUUCAGAGGAAAUCAGAUAGAUUACUCCUUUUAAAUAGUCAAUGUAUGCUUAGAGUAUUUAUUUUAUCGUUUUUUUUAGCUAUAGAUUUUUUUAAUUUCACAAAAACACCUUUAAAAUAUACUUUUAAUAAAAAAAGUGAGAAUUAACUGAUUGCAUUUGCACACACAUUCUACAGUUUGAUUGACAUGGCAACAGUGAUUAACAGCAUUUCCUAAAACGCUGCUGUUAUUCAGAUGUCUUAGCUUGAGUCAGCUUUCCCUCCGGUCUGUCUCCUUCUAGAGAGAUUCAGCACUUUUAUCCAACUUCCACACAAACCCAGCUCAUGGUGGCACUUUCUCUGGAUGAUUGGCUUCAGAUACCCCCCACCUCCCACCCAUCCCUUUGCUAUAUGUGUAUUUAUUUUGGUGUACUGUAAGAGUGCAGUGCUGCAGCUAUGUGUUUCUGUGCUGUUUUGUUUGCCUGGAGCUCCUACUACUCUGUACGAAGAUAAAGUAGAGAUAUUUUGCUACACAGGUGUCUUUGUUUGAUAUGAAAGAAUCUGUGGAAGUCAAUAAAGAUUUUUCUUUUUUUUUCACUGAAAACUCAAAUUA